AUGCUUCCGACGCCAACAACUUCUCACCUCUCCUUCGACCACAUCUAUGAGCCAAGCGAGGAUACAUUCCUCCUUCUCGAUACUUUAGCUCUCCAAUCUCCCUUUCUGCGCUCCCGAUUCCCACAAACUUCGCUCCCGCUAGCCCUUGAGCUCGGUAGCGGUUCCGGCGUAAUAACGUCCUUCCUCACCACACACUCAGCCACACUCUUCGGUCACACCUCAAUCACAACUUUAUCCACUGACAUCUCUCCGCAUGCUCCAGACGCUACAAAGCAAACUGUUUCCGCCAAUAUAACCGAAGAAAGCGGAUGCUUUCUCGGGGCUAUUAGGACGGAUUUAGCGACAGGUCUAAGACCGGGAGUGGUAGAUAUGCUAGUGUUUAACCCGCCCUACGUGCCCACGGAGGUGGUGGAAGAUGGGAACGGAGAAGAGGGGUGGAUUGGCGUUGCGUGUGGUGGGGGGGUUGAUGGGAUGGAGGUUACAAUUCGGGUAUUGAAGGGGUUGAAGGAGUGCCUGAGCGAAUCCGGAGUAGCGUACAUAUUGCUCUGCGAGAGAAACAAACCUGAGGCGGUUGCGGAGCAAUUGCGCAACGGCGAGUAUGGCGUCAAAUGGAUCGUAGAGAAGGUGGGCACCUCUGGGAGGAAGGGUGGCUGGGAAGUUUUGGGGAUUUGGAGGGUCAUGAGAUAAAUCAGUACAUUGCAUAUUAUUAUCAAAUAUCUGGAUUCAGAGAGUCUGGAUCAUUCAACAA